CCCUUCGUCCCCCCAAUUUAGAGCGACUCAAGACUUUCUUCAUAAUCUCGAUUCUUCAUAAUCUCAUUUCUUCAUCAGCUUUAGUUCCCAGAUCUCCUUAAUUGAGAUUGUUUCUUGAAGGAAGAAGAUAAAGAUGGUGUUGCCGUUGAUGAAACUGGGUACCCUAUUGGUCAAAACCGUAAGCAAGCCAUUAGCUAGUCAGCUUAAGCACCAAGCUAAAGUUCACCCCCAGUUUCGUCAGUUUAUCAUCAACUUCGCUCAGAGGAACCAUAGAAUAACGACGCAAAUGCAGAGAAGGAUAUAUGGGCAUGCCACUGAUGUUGAGAUUCGUCCCUUGGACGAGGAAAAAGCUGUUCAAGCUGCUGUUGACCUCAUCGGAGAGCUCUUUAUCUUUAUGGUGGGUGGAGGCGUUGUUGUUUUUGAGGUGCAGAGAAGUUCACGUUCAGAAACAAGAAAAGAGGAAGCGCGUAAGCAGGAACUAGAGGAGUUUAGAAGAAAAGAUGAAGAAAUGGAAAAGAAAAUGGCGGAUCUUCAGAGCAGACUAGCUGAGGUUGAGCAACUUGCUAAGGCACGUGGACUGACCGGUAUGUUUAAGUUAAGACAGCAACCCGAUACUCAGGGUAGUGAGAAACCUGCUGAUAAAUCCAGUGAAUCAUCAUCAUCAUGAUCAUUUCAAUCAAUCUCCAAAGUCAACAACAAAUACAUUAAUGAUUCUUUUAAGAGUGAGGACGAGUUUCUGAUUCUUUCCUUCCCAUUCUUGUAAAUUGACCAUCACAGAUACAUACAUGUAUCAUCAUCAUUCUGCUUUAUAACAACUUUCUAGUCAAAUUUGGUGACUAAAUAAAACAAAGUUUUGAUGUUUAUGUUGUAGAGCUCAUUUUUUUAACAAUCGUUUACGUGCAUUUUGGUCUUUUAAGACUC